CAUCUUUGUGCAACACCAAUAGACCAGAAAAAAGAAGUAUUAUACUGUAUAGGCAAACUUCUUUUCUCAACUCCUUUCUAAUACCUUGUUUCAGUAAAACUGCGCAUGCGUACCCAGGUGAAGGUACCGUAGUAACGCGUGUCGUAAUUAUUAUGGGAUGUGGUAACUAUAGUAGCGUGUACUCGGUCUGAGGGGACAGGAAACGGGUUUUCCUGAGAGGAUGAGAAGAUAAGUAUUUCUAAUACCUAAAUCAAAUAAUGAUACAGUUAACAUCUAAAUGACUUUCCAACGAUUGGAAAUACAGAUUUCGACGUCUUUAUGUCAAAAUAUCAUCUUAAGAAAAUCCCAAUCCCAAUGACUUUUCCUCCUAAACGGACAGGAGCAGUCAGUACAAGGUCUUCUACCAGCGACCUGCUGUACUUCAGGAGAAACAUCACAAACAGCAAACUGUCCCGUUUUACAUUUUCACCCGCCGAGGACAAGACUGAAGGAGUGAGAUUUAAUGUUAUAUCGUCGGAAAAACAGCAGCCGAACAGCCUCCGAAGAGACUGUGCACCCAUUCUGAGUUUGAGCUCAGAAAACCCUCAGGACUAUAGUGUUGGACGACAUUUCCUGUUUGAUCGCAGAUUGGGAGACAGGAUUUGCUCCAGCACUCAUCAGCAUUUAAAAGAUGAAGAACUGUUCAUCAAACACACAACUCUCUUACCUCCAAUUCCCAGUCCAAGGUGCAGCGUAAACAGGAAGUACUUGCCUUUCACAAAAUCCUGCACAUUAGUCUCAGAAGACAGAUGGAGACUCAACGCUGUCUCGUCAGAUCCGGUAUCAAUUACCACGUCACCUAUCAGCCCACGCGGCUUCUCCAGGAACACGAGGAUAACGAGCAGACUGUGUAAUCUCUCCACUCUCCACUCUCCAUUUACCACCCCUGAUGAGCCAUAUGCAGAUCCAGUUUUGGGAGCUUCAACGGCGUUCAUUCGGAGACUUCUGGAAAUGUCCACCCUGCAGGAGAAAACCAUGCGCCACGAAAGGAUCAUAGAAUUCAAAAAGAACAGGAGGCACGAAUCCUAGUCACACCGUCUUUUGCUCACAAGAAAAGAGGAUUAAAAAACGAUUCUCGGACAGUAACGUCUUUUUGGCGGGAGUGCGAUCCUUAAGUUCGGCACGGUAGCUACAAAAUGAGGGAAAUAACAGGACUUAGAGCUCCAUGAAGCCACCGUGUUGACUUCUGACUGUUAUUUUCUAAAGAGGUUUAAAUGAGACAAAUAUUGGUGCUUGAAGGACAAACAGGUAAAUGGCUAAGCAGUACGUUUACCUGACAAGUGUGUGUACAUGCCGAUUGGAGAUUGGAGAUUAGUUUAGGACUCGGCAAAUGAUAUGGAAUAGGAAUAUUAAACAGGAAUUAUUCCAUUCCUAUUAAAACAUUAUUAUUCAAUUAUUUACUCAUCAUACAAAUAAAAAAAAAAGUAUUACAGUUUGUCUAUUGUUGCUAGAAAGUAUGAACGUAGUAUAAACACCUUUCAAAUAAAUCAUUGUAUGUGGCGUGUGAGUGAGGGUGAGUGAGUGAGAGAGUGAAAGAGAGAGAGAGAAAGAGAGAGAGUAUGUAUUGUACCCAGCUGAACAGUAUCGACUCUUUCAGUAAUUAGCAGUAGCGUCUCAUCCGAAUGGAAAUUGAAUAGUGUGUGUGUGUGUGUGUGUGUGUGUGAGAGACAACUCUUGAAUACAUUUUUUUAAAUUAAAAUUUAUAAACAUUCUACAAUCAUUUAUUAUAUAUAUAUUUUUUAUUAUUUACAUGAGGUCUAAAAUUUGCCAAAUGUGUCUAAAGAUUUGAUUCCGCAUACAUUUUUUUGAUUCACCAGAGACAGAUUCAAGCAAAGAGAUUCAUAUGUGUGUGUGUGUGUGUGUGUGUGUGUGUGUGUGUGUGUGUGUACAAACUCACCAUCUUUUAAAUCACCCAUGAUAAAUCAUUACCAUUGCCAUGUGAAUCAUGUGGUAAAUAAUUCAGAUUGGAUCACACUGUUUGCACGGUCUGAACAACGACUAGGUCCCUAUUAAUGAGCGUCUGUAUCGAUCAGCGUCUGUAUUGAUCAGUGUUUUAAUCUAUUGUAUGUAUUGACUGGAACACACUAGUCUCUGCAAUCUCAUCGCAAACACACUGAGAGAAGUAAGUAGGAACUGAGCGUCUGAGAGCAGACGGUUUAUUUUGAUUUGGAAUUUGAAUAAAUCAGCAGCAGUAUGGGUUCACUAUUCCGCAGCGAGGAGAUGUGUUUACUACAACUCUUCUUUCAAACUGAAUCAGCUCUCAGCUGCGUUAAUGAGCUCGGCCUGCUGGGACUCGUCGAGUUCAGAGAUCUAAACCCAGGGAUGACUUUGUCUCAGAGGAGAUUUGUAAACGAGGUGAGAAAGUGUGAAGAAAUCGAGAGAAUCAUCAAAUUCUUUGAAGCUGAAAUAUCGCGAUACAACAUUCCCAUCAUGACUCGAUCAUGCAGUGAGGAGACUCAGUGUAGUAGAGACACACUGGAGCUUGAGGGUGAGGUGAAAGCACUGGAACAGGAGCUGAAGGAGAUUAACUCUAAUCAUACAACACUGAAGAGGAACCUUACUGAGCUGCUAGAGAUCAGCGCACUGCUCGACAUCAUUCACGACUUUUUCCAGGAGGCUGAGAUGCAGCUUUUCUGUACUGAGAUUCAGAACGAUGGCCCGCACCUCACCGAGCGCCGAAACAACGUUAGCACUGUUACAGCUCCCAAACUGGGGUUCAUCACCGGUGUGAUUAAACACGAUCGGUUUCCCACAUUCGAGAAAGUCCUGUGGCGCCUUUUUCACGAGAAUUUCCUGCUGCGCCGUGCAGAGAUUCAACAGCUCCCAGAGGACGGCAUGGUAAAGAAAGACGCCUUUAUCAUCUGGGUGCAAGGAGAGCAGGUGCAGAGAAAAAUCAGGAAAAUAUGCGAAGGGUUUAGUGUCAGUUUGUACCCAUGCCCAGGAACUUUACACGAUCACAAGGAAAUGAAGCGUGACAUACGGACGCGCGCUAAGGAACUGCAGAUGGUUUUACGCGAGUGUGAAGAAUUCUGCACUUCGGUUUUGAUUAAAGCAGCAAGUCGAAUUACAGACUGGUCCAUCCAAGUGCACAAGAUGAAGUCCAUCUACCACACGCUCAACCUGUGCAGCAUGGACAUCACCCACAGACUCACCAUCGCAGAGAUUUGGUGUCCGGUAUUAGAUCUAGGCCACGUUCAGCACGCUCUGACUAAAGCUGCCGAGAAUGCCGGUUCCAGUGUCAGGCCUGUCCUAAAUCGUAUCCAGAGCCCUGAAACUCCGCCCACAUUUAACCGGACGAACCGCUUCACCACAGGCUUCCAGCAGAUAGUCGAUACAUACGGCGUAAACAGUUAUCAGGAGAUGAAUCCAGCUCCUUAUACCAUAGUGACCUUCCCGUUUGUGUUUGCCGUGAUGUUCGGAGAUUGUGGUCACGGACUCAUCCUGACGUUGGUUGCUGCCUGGAUCAUCGUGAACGAGCAGAAAUUAAACCAGCAGAAGAACGAGAUUGUAUCCACACUGGUGGGCGGACGCUACAUCAUCCUGCUGAUGGGCUUUUUCUCCAUUUACACUGGUCUCAUUUAUAAUGACUGUUUCUCCAAAUCUUUCAACAUCGUCGGCUCAUCGUGGAGCGUCAAAGCCAUGUUCUGGCCCAGUGGACCCUGGAGCAACCAAACCCUGCACACUUCUGAUCAUCUCCACUUGAACCCUGCGGUACCAGGAGUUUACUCUGGAACGCCGUACAUGCUUGGCAUCGAUCCAGUGUGGAAUAUUGCAUCGAACAAACUCUCCUUCCUAAAUUCCUAUAAGAUGAAGAUGGCAGUUAUAAUCGGAGUGUGUCACAUGACCUUCGGCCUGACCCUCAGCGCGGUCAACUACAUACAUUUCCGAAAAGUCCGCAACGUGUUGCUGCGCUUCAUACCGGAGCUCGUCUUCUUGCUGUCUCUGUUCGGUUACCUCGUCUUCCUCAUCCUGUUCAAGUGGCGCAGGGGCGUGCAGUGUGACCGCAGCAUCCUCCUGAUUUUCAUCAACAUGAUGUUUUUUAACUAUCAAGCUGACGAGAAAUUCAUCUACAGCGGACAGAAAGCUGUCCAGAUCUUCUUGGUGGUCCAGGCUCUGCUCAUGAUCCCUAUCAUGCUGCUAAUAAAACCAUUGCUCAUGUACAGAAGACAAGAAAAGAUUUCAGACCAGGUCGGUCUUAGCGAUGUGUUCGUGUGCGAAGCGAUCCACACCAUAGAACACUGCCUCGGCUGCGUCUCCAAUACGGCGUCCUAUCUGCGGAUGUGGGCUCUCAGCCUUGCCCACUCAGGGUUGAGUUCCAGAACAAGUUCUAUAACGGAGAUGGAGUUAAAUUUACACCGUUGUCCUUCAAGUCUAAGGAAACACAGCAGCGGUAAAGUAUUCCAUGUACUCGUGUACACCAGUGGCGGGCCAUGCAUUUAAAACCUAUUCCUUCAGUAAUGUCCUGCCUGAAUCAAUCCAUCUCUUAAUACCAUCAUUAUGACGCCACCGCUGUAGAAACUAUUAAUAUUAUACAGAAACGCAAAAAAAUGGCAUUACUAAAGCAAGAAACCCAUUCAACACAUUUCAACAAGUCUCCUUUCACUGCAGCCACAGCUGCACACCCCGCAUACAUCAUCUCUAGCAGCAGCAUCAAUAUUCACCUCAUAGAAUGACCCAUGUUUUUUUGUGCAUUUUUCCCCCCUUCGUUGCGAUUUUGCUGGGGAUAUAAAAUGAAGGCAAAUUGUUGUUUUUUUUUUGCAAAUUCUACUGUUUUGAACUGUUCUGUCAGACCUUUACAUCACGAUGUCCACCUUUUCUUGAACAGUCUGACUUGUAAAUGUUCUUGUAAGUGUAUCUGCAACCAAAUCGAUUUCUUCUCCUCUGUCAGCUAUUGUGGAAUUAAAAAGCAGUUAUUAAAUAUUUGAGCUUGUGCUGUUUGAUGCAGAUUCGGUUGAAAAAUCUGACCAUCGGUUCUCACAGUGUCGGCUUUACGGCAAUACGUGAUGUGGCGACUAAAAUCUGAUUGGACAGAAACUCCAACGUAAAUAUUUACUCGGAAAUUUACUCUUUACACUGAAGUGCUCAGGCUGCAGGAAGUAAAAAAAAACCAGCAACAACAAUUUUUUACUCAAAUUCAAACCAAAAACAUUUUACAUAAAUCUCUAUAUAUAUGACGAACAUAAAUUCGGCAAAUUCACACAUGCAACCUGAGAAGACACAAAUAUCACCUGCAUCCACAAGGUGACACUCAGGAGACGUGGAUGUUAGACUGAUAGCACACCUAAACCCACAGGCAAACUACACUGAAUAUUUGCACUAUUGAUAUUCAGGCAUUUACUGCCCCCCCCACUUAACAUCCAUUUUUUCAUGUUUAAAAAUAUGUUGCAUGUACACUGCUGAUUACCUCAAUAAAAUGUCACUUCAUGAUCUAUUGUCCUGAAAUUUCUCUUUUAUGUCCUGGUGAUAAAGAAUAAUCACCCAAAGGGUUUGCUUGUGAAGCUGAAAUGGUUUUAGUCCCUCUGCGCUUUUUUCCUUCUGGUUUUUAUUGAUUUUUUUUUUCAAUACAGAAGGGUGGUGUGUUGUAAGUCUACUUGGAGUUCUUUCACACGCAAUUCUAGUCCACAUUCCUUAAGCUGCAGUGAGGUGUGACAUAAUGGUAUGAUAGUCAUGACAUAUAUAUUUUUAUAGAUUUAAAAUGUUUGUAUUUUUUUUUUUUUUUUUUUUUUUUUAUAAUUUUUUUCCUUUCUGGAAUUUUUUUUCCAAGUCUAUAUAUGCAUUACGAUAUAUACAGUAUAUCUAUAUGCAACUAGCUCUGCUUGGAAAAUAAUUUUUACACACUUCAAAAUAGACCUAGACUCAUACUAUUGUCUUUAAUACACUCGACUACAACUUACCACAUUUUUACACUAUGUAUCCACACACACAUGCGUGUUUGGGUUGCACCAGGUAUUCGUCUGUAGAUGAUCCGUCACUGUAUUGUGUUUGUUAAUGGUAAAGCAGCACGUGCAUAUAUCUUAGUAUUUAAUGAGCGCUCCUGGGUGUUCUGAGGUGUGUAAGUAAAUGAGGGAUCAAGAAUGAUAAUAACUUACUGGUAUGCCCACAUGUAAUUGUAUUGACAUCAUUUGACUUCACUGCAAGAUUUGUUUGUUUGU